AUGGUGAAGUUGGCUUUUGGUGGCUUUGGUGACUCGUUUAGUGUUGGCUCCCUCAAGUCCUAUCUAGCUGAGUUCAUUGCCACCCUUCUCUUUGUGUUUGCUGGUGUUGGAUCUGCCAUUGCUUACGGUAAGCUGACAUCAGCAGCCUUGGACCCUGCGGGCCUGGUAGCGGUGGCCAUAGCCCAUGCAUUUGCACUGUUUGUGGGGGUCUCUAUUGCUGCCAACAUCUCAGGUGGCCAUUUGAACCCAGCUGUCACACUUGGAUUGGCCAUUGGAGGCAACAUCACCAUCCUCACUGGCAUAUUCUACUGGAUUGCCCAACUCUUGGGCUCCAUCGUUGCCAGCUUUCUCCUCAAGUUUGUCACUCAAAUGGAUGUGCCAACCCAUACACUUGCCUCAGGGGUAGGUGCAAUUGAAGGAGUGGUAUUUGAGAUCAUCAUAACCUUUGCUCUUGUCUACACUGUCUAUGCCACAGCCGCUGACCCCAAGAAGGGUUCACUGGGAAUCAUAGCACCCAUUGCAAUUGGGUUCAUUGUUGGGGCCAACAUUCUUGCUGCCGGCCCAUUCAGCGGUGGCUCGAUGAACCCAGCCAGGUCGUUUGGCCCGGCCGUUGCCAGCGGAGACUUCACCAACAACUGGAUCUACUGGGUCGGCCCACUAAUUGGUGGUGGGCUGGCUGGGCUCGUCUAUGGUGACAUUUUCAUUGGGUCCUACAGCCAAGUCCCAGCAUCUGAAGAUUAUGCUUAA